GCGGAGGGAACAGCGGAGUUAUCGGCGCGUUAGAAGGAAAGUGCAAACUUCUGGUGCCGAAUGGGACCGAGGAGGAUGGUGAGAAUAUGCGCCAUGACUACUUCUCCAAGAACACCUUCCAAAAAAUCAAACACUCCACGUGCUGCUUCCAAGGGUGGUGUCCUCCCUUCUCCUCACCAAAGUGAUUCUACCCCUCUUCCUUCAAUCAAUGAACGUCUGGCCUAUCUUCGCCCCUCUCGGGAGCUGCUGGAGUACUAUCGAAAGAAGAUUGCAGAAUUUGAUGAAGAGCAUGAAGACCUGGUGAAACGGUUGGAAGCAUACAAAGCAUCUUAUGAUGAACAGCACAAGCUUCAAUGGGAAAUGCGUCAGCGAGAGGAAGAAAUUGCAGAACUGCAGAAGGCUCUGAGUGACAUGCAGGUGUACCUUUUUCAGGAAAGAGAGCAGGUUCUGCGCCUUUAUGCUGAAAACGAUCGACUGAAAAUCAGGGAAUUAGAGGACAGAAAGAAGAUUCAACAUCUUUUGGCUUUAUUAGGAACAGACAAUGGUGAAAUUACCUAUUUUCACAAGGAACCACCAAAUAAGGUCACUAUACAUCAGCUACCAACCAAGAACAGAGAUUCCCUUGAUAGAUAUGCCAAAUACACUUCAAAAACAGGUUCUAAAAGCUCUGCCUUAAAAAAUAAAGGAGAGAAGCCUGAAAGUGCAGAUAGAUACCAAAGAGACAACCAAACACUCCUACUACAGGUGGAAGCUCUUCAGGCUCAACUAGAAGAACAGACUAAGCUGUCAAAGGAGCAGAUUGAAGCACUGCUAGAAGAUCGACGCAUCCGAAUAGAAGAAGUUCAGGUGCAGCAUCAGAGGGAUCAGGAAAAGAUCAAAGACACCACUGAAAAAUACCAUAAAGCUCAAAAUUUGCUACAUGAGAGUACCAAAGAUUUUCUGCAGAUGAAGUUUGAUGCACGAGCAAAUGAAAAAUCCUGGAUGGCAGAGAAGGACACUCUGCUGAGGAAGCUGGACAAAUGUAGAUGUGCACACAAACCGAGCAGGAUUUGUAAGAACGGUAGUCCAGUCCAGGACCACAUCAAUCAGAGUUACGAGAGUUGUCAAAGCUGGUGGGCUGCUAGCCCAGAGAAACAGGACACUAGCCUGGAGUGGGAAAAUAGUCCUUGUCAGCAGAGUUUCACCAAGAGAUCACCUCCCAGUGGGAAGGUUGAAGUUUUCAAGAAGAGGAAACCAAGAGCUGCCAGAUGUGUUUCUCAAGCAGAGCAUGGCAUUCAUAAAGUGUAUGGAGUAGAGAUUAAGGGUUUACAAGAUCAAUUGACACAGGAGCAGACGUUAGCAAAUAUGUAUCGAGAACAGUGUGUUUCAUUGGAAGAGGAGUUGGCUAAGAUUCGGGAGGAAGGAAAUUUAGGUCAAGAGAUGUUUAAGCAACGGUCAGAAAAGAUGGGGAAGCGACUACAGCUAAUGACCCAGCGCUAUGAGGCACUGGAAAAAAGGCGUGUCAUGGAGGUGGAAGGGUUUAAAACUGACAUCAAACAACUCCAACAAAAGCUGCAGGAUGUGGAGAAGCAACUUUUCAAGGUGAUAAUGAACGUGGGACCUGAACAAGAUCUUGCAAUUCUACAUGAAGUUCGCCAAGGGAAUAAGAGAACUAAAAAGAUACAAGGACAACUGAAAAACUUAAAAUCAAAAAUAUAUGGGCUGGAGAAUGACCUGCGAGUUUAUUGAUAAUGAUAUGUCAAUCAAUAUGAGUGGUGUUGAUAAAAACCUGUCGCUACAACAAACUUUACU